AGCUGAAGCAGACAAGCAGAAAGCCAAGGACGCAAGUCCAAGCAAGCACUGGGACUGUGGCUCAGAGAAAGCAUACAGGGAGGGAUCUUUGGGCUAAAUGCUGACUUAAAAGAGCUUGGAACCGAGCGCAGAAACAAACAACUGCUCUCCGUACAAACAGAAACUUGUUUCUGGCUGCGUUCAGGCCAGAAACAAGAUUUCACACAUUCCUCGCGAGUAACAGGGCUAUACCGCGGCACUCCACGGCUCCGGAGCGCCGCGCCCAGCCGCGCACACAGCUCGCAGGAGCCGCGCAGCCUCCCCGCCAGCCCCACCCUCUGCCCCGCAAGCGGACCCCGCCGGAGGGCGGACCCGCUCCCGCGAUCUGCCCCCGGCACCCACCGGCUCCUCCCGGAGCCCAUCCCCGCCCCGGGGACGAGCAGGACGGGCCGCGCACUGACCGCUCAUCCGCGCGCCUCCGCGGCGCAGCCUCGGGUGGAAGCCGAGCCUCUCGCUAGCCCUGGGCUCGCCGCUGGCCUUGGGAGGACCGAGCCCCGGCUGAGACUGUGAUCAGCAGCCCUCCGAGAGAUGAAGGUGCCGAGACCAAGCAGGGUUUAAGUCCUGUCCCUGCUGUUUUGGGAUCCUCCCCUGACAUGGCUGUCCUUUGCAAGUUGGUAUUUGGAUAAAAUUCUAGUUGUCAGCAUGAAAGGAAAAACUGCACAGUGUGACUGGAAAUCUGCAUCCCCAAAGAAGGCCUCUCCCUGUGACCGAUAUAAACAUGCUUGCAUUAUUUGUAGAGGAUUUCUUUAUCUCUAUGGAGGACGGAACACCACCAGUCUUAGAGAUUUUUGGCGAUACAACAUCGUGAAAAAUGAAUGGGAAAUGCUGGAUUGCUCAAGAGAUGGUCCAGAAGAACUGGAGGACCAUUCAAUGGUGGCUUAUAAGGGGAACCUGUACAUUUUUGGUGGGAUGGUGGAUUCUGCUUUUACGCAAGCGAAAACUCCUCUCUGGAUAUAUGACACUGAUUCUGCAAGAUGGACAGAGUGCUGUAACGUACCAGCAGAGACUGAGAGCUUGUCACCAACUAACAGAAAAGGUCACAGCGCAGUAGUAUACCACUCCAGCAUGUACAUCUACGGGGGGUACUUCGGCAUCAGAGGCAUUUCACAGGAGUUUUGGACUUUCCAUUUUGAUACAAGAAAAUGGUUGUGUGUUUCCACCCCAUCUCACAGUAUUGGCCCAGGACCUCGGCAUGGCCAUUCAGCAGUGGUUUAUCACACAGGCAUGUACCUCUUUGGAGGACUGAUGGGGCUGAGUGAACAGAAGGAUUUAUGGAAGUGGGACUUUGUAAACAGCAGCUGGUCCAACAUCAGAACAAGCCAAGGACCUCCUCCAGUGGUAGGUCAUGCUUCAAUAGUCUUCAAAGACUCCAUGCUGAUUUUUGGUGGAGGGAUUUCAAAUUCCAGUCCUAAUGAUGACCUCUGGAAGUAUCAUUUCAAUACACAGACAUGGAAGAAGCUUAGCAUUAUCACCAAGGCAAACUUUUCUCCUAAAAUGUAUCACUGCAUCUUAGGAGUUGGUAUUGGUUUCCAAACUACUUCAGAUUUCACUGACACGUUCCCUAGCAGUUGGAAAAGUAAGCAGAAGGACCAUUACCAGCUGGUGACCAUCCCAAAGCACACUCGCCUUUGCAACUACUUCCGUCAGCAGACCGCGUACCAAGUGCUCGGCAAUGAGGAAAGCGAUGCAAUUGAAAUGAAAACCUUUAGCUUGCCUCUGGGCUUUUGUCCAUUGCAAACCACUUCAGAGGCAGAACUACACCCUAACAGAGCAACAAGCAUUUUGUCAAAGGAUGGGUCUCUGUGUCUGCUUGUCUCUUCAGAAGAAGAGACUUUUGCUGCUGCUCAGAUGGUUGGAGAAGAGGAGGGAGCCAGCUGUCAGCUCGCACCUGCAGUGGAUACCGAUGUGCUGCUGCUCAUUGGGGGUAAACCUUUGUCCAGCUCAUCUGAGAUCUCAGUCAGGCAAAUGGAGUUUGACAGCUUGUGAUCUCUUUGAUUGCAGUCACCACAACCAUGCCAGUAGGUGGUAAACCAACUGCUUGCAACUGUCUUCAGUUUCCUAUGGGCACACUGGAGAAAAAGUAGUAAAACCUCAUACCAGCUCUGAACAGAUUUUUACAAUGUGAACAAACCCUAAUACAUAUUUUAAGUUAGAAGUUGCGAUUUCUGAGAGGAGCAUGUUGGAAUUAUGCUUUUUUUUGUUACUCUUCUUCUCAUCAGUUAGUAUCCUUUCAAAUUGCAGUGACUGAUGCUGCCUUGAAAACUGGAACAAAUAACCCCUACAGCUCCGUAACUGCUAUUUAAGGCCCAAAGCUUGCUUAUUUUGCACUGGCAUAAGAAAUAUAUAUAUGCACUUUGAAACCUGCAUUUGAAUAAAGUUUGUGCGUGUUUUGGUCA